AUGCUUUCCAACACGUCAUCAUUAAGGGUGUUUUCGCGGCAGAUAGCAGGUCCGUUGUCAAGGCAGUCCACUGGCUUCCGCGACAAGCAUUCAUCAAGGCAGGUGAAGAGGCUGUUCAAGAAGAAUCCAGCAGCCCGAAGAAUAGAGAAUAAGAUGGGUGGCAAAGUCAUAGAGAGCCCUCCAGAAGUUACCUAUCAAGCCAUUUUGGAGCCCAAGAUGCUACCGAAUGGAUGGAAUCCUCCUCCACCGGAAGGCAUUGAAAUUCCAGAAUAUCCAUUCAAGAUUUCUCGUACAAAAAACAAGCCAAACGAUGCUGUAGGUUUCUUGCCAGUAUAUUCAGAAUUCCGACGAGACGGUGCCAGGGUCACAACGCGCAUCAAGAAAGUUUCGGGAGAUCGUGACGCAUUUUUGACAGCACUUCGAGCGGCCCUUCAGAUUCCAACGGUGAAUGGUAAGGACGAAACAAUCCGACUUCGCACUGGUGGGACUAUUGAAGUGAAGGGAAAUCGAGUGAUGGAGGUGAAACAAUGGCUUGCCGGCCUUGGUUUCUAG